UAUCUACCACUCAUUCGCGAGUCGGCCCGCCGCGGUGCAAGCGUGCACAUCAUUAAACACCGAAGUUAAUAACCAAUUUUAAUUCAUUACAUCGUUAUUUUUAACUAUGGCCAAUAACCUGUGGUCGUGUGCUGUUCUAUUGUGUUUCCUCACCUUGACACUGGAAGUCAAAGAUGGAUUUGGCAUGGUCAAACCCGUAUCCAGGGCAUGCAUCGUCGGAGCUGGCUACUCGGGGCUGGCCACGGCCCGGUACAUGAAGGAUCAAGGCCUCAACUUCACGGUAUUCGAGGCCACUAAAUACGUGGGAGGCACCUGGAGAUUUGACCCCCAUGUCGGCACUGACGAGGAUGGUUUGCCUCUAUUCACCAGCCAGUAUAAAAAUUUGAGGAUCAACACGCCACGGCUGACUAUGGAGUACACAGGAUUUCCCUUCCCCGAGGACACCCAGUCCUACCCCACGGGAGAAUGCUUCUAUAAGUAUCUGAAGCUCUUCACCAAGGAGUUUGAUCUCUACCCAUAUAUUCAGUUCAGGAGCCUGGUGACCUCGAUAAAGUGGGCCGACGGUCAGUGGAACGUCACAUACACGAAGGUUGAUACAAAGACCAACCACACGGAACAGUGCGACUUCGUAACCGUGGCCAAUGGGGAGUUCAGCUCUCCAGUAUGGCCCAAGUUCGAUGGACAACAGGACUUUAAAGGAAAUAUGAUACACAGCCACGAUUACAAAGACCCGGAAGACUACAGGAAUCGUCGAGUGUUAUUAGUGGGUGCUGGUCCUUCAGGUCUGGACCUGGCGAUGCACUUGUCCAACGUCACUUCCAAACUGGUCCACAGUCACCACCUCAAGUACAACCAGCCCUACUUCUCUGAAACGUACGUGAAGAAGCCAGACAUCAGGAUGUUCACGUCCAAUGGAGUCGUGUUCCAAGAUAACAGUUUCGAAGAAGUUGAUGACGUUAUCUUUUGUACAGGGUAUGACUUCACGCAUCCAUUCUUGGACAAGAGUGUGGGGAUCACAGCAACAGGCAAGUUCGUGCUGCCCCUCUACCAGCACACAAUCAACAUUCGCCACCCCACCCUGGCGUUUGUGGGGGUAUCUAAGAAAAUCCUCAAUAGCGUGUUAGAGGCGCAGGCUGAAUACGUAGCAGCAUUAGCAGCGGGUAAUUUCGAGCUGCCACCGCAGGAGUCAAUGCUCAAGAUCUGGCUCACACACGUGCUCACGCAAAAGGCACGAGGCAUGCGACUGGUGGACGUCAACGUCGUUGACAAUGAUGCGGAUGAUUACUUCGCCAACAUGACAGCCGAGGCUGGCAUCCGCCGGCGUCCUCCGGUACUGAGUGACAUUAGGCAGUUCAACGCCAGGUACCGCCUGGAGGACUUGCUGAACUACCGCGACUUCGACUAUCAGAUCGUGGACGACCACAACUACAAGCGGUGGUAUAACCCGAGGAGGGGAAAUCCUUGCCCUUUUGAGGACUAAAUAAACUUGAUAUUUGAGGAACAGUCAAGUGAGAUUGUUUAUAUAGGGUGUCCCAGAAAUUGGGGACAACCUUCCUGUCACACAUAUUCAAAAUUUUUUAAAUUACUUAAAUAGUAGGUACUACCACAGAAUAAUAAUAAGUACUACGUACAGAAAUUUUACUUCGCGAAGGUAUUUAAAAAAAUGUAUGCUCAAUAUCAUUAACAAUAUGGUGUAAUUUAGCCUGUCUCAAGAGUCAAGCACCAUUUUGUUGACGAACGUCAGUGAUCGGCACUGCGCCGAAGCUAUAGGGCUGACUUCGGUAAAAUGAUGUGACGUGAGGUGCCAAACUGCCGAAAAUGGCGGAGGAAAUACAUGAUUUAGCAUGAAUUAUCAUGAAUAAUAUUAACUACUUAUUUACCUCUCAGUGUCUUGAGGCAAUUUAAAAAAGUACAUUCUGUGUUUUUAUUAUUAUUUAGGCAGUUAAAUACUGCACAGUAUUUAGUACACCAUUUUCUUUAUUUUCUUCCAUCAUACACAAGAAUACGCGUGCGUGAGUCAAUGUUCGCUCGUAUGUGAGGCCUUGUUGAAUAGUAUCCUGUAGGUGGGCCAUCGUGCGUGUUUUGUUUUCGAUGUAAACUCGCGGAGAUGAACAGGCCUGGUACUACCAAUAAAUCGUGGUGACCAAAUUUUGUUCUAUGACUUUAAAAAAAAUAUGCAUUGAUGUAUGUAUUUGAUUGUUGUUUAUGAUUCUAGUUAAAUAAUGACUGUUUCUGUACUACAGUGUGUGAUAGUCUUUUUUCGUAUUUGACAGCAUAAUUCGUUAUGAAAAUAAAAUUGUUACUAAGUAGUAAAUAGGCACCAAGCUUUACUUAAUUCCGUCCUUAUGUUCGAAUAAAAUUAAUGAAUUAGUAUUUUGAUUGAGUUGAUGAGGAUGACAAAGUUAUUGAUUGUUUACUAGACAAAUUCGAUAUUAUAACUAUUCUAUAAUAGCCUUUUUUUAUGUAACUGGCUGAAAAGUAUAUUUUACUUAUUAAUAAUUUUGUAAAUAGUUAUCUAUUGAAUGCAAUUCUAUUAUUUCUGCUCUCUACUUAACAACGUAAUUAAUAUUUACUUAUUCUAUUUUAUACACAUUUAUACCUAGAAUAACUUAACUAAAGUUGUAACAUAAAGUUUAUAAGUGUUACCAAUUAAUUAAGAAAUAAAACUAAGUACAAAUACUAAA